UCCGCUCCAUCAAUUCAAUCCAUCUCUCUCAUUCAUUCAUUCUUCUCUCUCUGAAAUUCUCCUGCUAUUAAUUACCUAUAAAACCCACGCAGACAUUUUUUUUGCUGCGUUUUCCAUUUGAAUUCCGUUGCAAAUUUGAGCUCGGGAGAUUAAUGGAUGCAGCAGGCUACAAUCCCCGCACUGUGGAGGAGGUUUUUAGGGAUUUCAAGGGGAGGAGAGCUGGACUCAUCAAAGCUCUCACUACAGAUGUUGAGGAAUUUUUCCAGCAGUGUGAUCCUGAAAAGGAGAAUUUGUGCUUGUACGGGUUUCCUAGUGAGCAAUGGGAGGUCAAUUUACCUGCUGAAGAAGUUCCGCCGGAACUCCCUGAGCCCGCUUUAGGGAUCAACUUUGCUAGGGAUGGGAUGCAAGAAAAGGACUGGUUAUCUCUCGUUGCUGUCCACAGCGACGCUUGGUUGCUUGCUGUUUCCUUCUACUUUGGUUCUAGGUUUGGAUUCGAUAAAGCCGACAGGAAGCGACUCUUCAACAUGAUCAAUGAUCUACCGACUGUAUUCGAAGUUGUGACCGGUGCUGCCAAAAAACAGCAGAAAGAGAAAUCUUCAAUCUCAAAUCACAGUAGCAACAAGUUAAAGUCAAACCCCAAACCGCGAGCUGAAACUCCUGGAAAGUUUUCAAGGCCACAGCCGCAGUCACAGCCAAAAGACGAAGACGAUGGCAUACUAGACGAGGAAGACGAGGACGAGCACGGGGACACAUUAUGCGGUGCCUGUGGCGAUAACUAUGCAUCAGACGAAUUCUGGAUCUGCUGCGACAUAUGCGAGAAGUGGUUUCAUGGCAAAUGCGUGAAGAUCACCCCUGCCAGAGCCGAGCACAUCAAGCAGUACAAGUGCCCCUCGUGCAGCAACAAGAGAGCUCGCCAGUAGCCGUAGCCUAAGCCUAGACCGCGAACCCUUAGAGGUCUGUACCUUUUCGAAGACUGGUCCAUUUGACCCAUUCCUUGUUCUAAAUUAUCAUGGCUUAACCUGUGAAUGUUAACUUUCUAAAUUGGGGAUUUUGUUUA